AUGGGGUUUCGCUUCAAGCCCAUGGAUGCCACUGCCAUCUAUGGACCUUUGCUGGAAAAGCAGGAGGGGGUUGAAUAUGACAACAAGAAGGAGAAAGCCUCCUUUCCAGAGGCCCAGUAUGUCUUCAAUGCCAAACCUGAGCACCGUGCCUUGCAUGCACCCGAUGUGAAGGUUUACUGUGACGACAAAGUAGACUUCUUUCCAGUCAUUUCUCAUUAUAUGGCACGAAUGCUGCUAGGAGCAGUCUUGGGCAAGAACAAUCCUGGUGAUUUUGCUCUUCCCUCCAAGGACGUUGCAUUUGACGGCAUUGGUCGAGAAUCCAAUCAGGAGAUCUCAAGUUGCUCUCGUAAACCAAACAAUAUGUAUCACCCACAUUUCAUGGGAUACAUGGUAUCCCACAUUCAGAAAGCUGGAAUGGCCCUCCGCUGA